AUAGGUGCCACGUAUAGGGAAAAUGAAGAAACGCGGAAGUCAAAGAUUGUGUGCACAUUCACUGCAACGAGAAAAAGUAUUUCUAAGAAAACCGUAAAAACUGCAUACAUUUCUGGUGAUUUAUGUUGCAAUAAACACUGUACUGUAUUUCAAUGUUGCUAUGUUCUUCCUUCACGGGCAAAUACUGCUAAAUCUCGAAUAAAUUGAUUGUAUGCACAGAGUGUAUAAAAAGUAAGUGUAAAAGACACCGAUUUGCGUUUUUAUAUCUCUGGAUCGAUGGAGAUUUGUAAUAAAGAGAAGCUCAUGUAAAAUUCAUCUUGAUCGUGAUUUUCAAACGUUUUUUAUCGCAAUAUAUCUCACUUGUCGCGAGAAACGGAAGCUUGAAAGGAACUACGAGUAGCAAACACCUCUCCUAGGAAAAAAAUGUCGAAGUUUUAAUAAUUCUUCGACUGAUUUUAUUCAAGACGUGUUUUUGUAGCAACGUGUUUAUCUACGUGUAGUACGCAAAUGCUCCGGAUCCAUUAUUAUAUAUGUAUAUGUGUAUCUCAUAUCUUCCUUUCUCUCUUCCCUUUUUUCUUCUUCUCUACUUUCUGCUUAUUUAAGCAGUCCCGAUCUCGCAUUUCUAGUUUUGCUAAGUUCUUGCUCAAGAUUACGUAGUGAUGUUGUAUUUUGUAACGUAAAAGCCACAUUCGAUCGGAUGCUGUAAUUGUUUGACGGAUGCAAUCCGUUUGUUUGAACAAUAAACAAUUUCUUCAUCGAGUCUCAUAAACAGAGGGACCGCACGUGAAGAGCAGGUGUGCAUUCUAUCCACGGAAAGAUGAUAGAGCCGUUCAUCAACCUAAUAAUAAUUUUGAUACAAGCGAUAGGCAGCAUUCAUCGUCUUGUACUCAUGGUUAUUCAUUGGAAGAAAAAGCCGAGUAUACCUCCAAUUAAAAAUCCACUGUUAAAAUUAAGCGCAACCACGCUAGCCAGCAAGAUCAGAAACGGAAAACUCAGUAGUCAGACAAUAGUGGAAGCAUAUAUCGAGCGUAUUAAAGAAGUGAAUCCAUUCAUAAACGCAGUAAUAGAAGAUCGAUUCGAAGCUGCUCUAGAGGAAUCAAAGAUAUGUGACGCCAAACUGAAGAGCGGUGACUUAGCCAUGACUGCCGAGCAGCUGGAAAGGAAUAAGCCUCUUUAUGGUGUGCCGAUAUCUAUCAAGGAAUCGUGCGCGGUUAAAGGAAUGAGCUUUACCUGUGGUUGCGUAUCCAAGAAAGGCACGAAGGCCACAGAAGACGCAUAUGUAGUUCAAACGUUUAAAAACGCUGGUGCCAUUCCUUUAUUGGUCUCCAACGUUCCCGAGUAUUGUGUAACUCUGCACACUUAUAAUUUUCUGUUUGGCCAUACAAUGAAUCCAUAUGACACGAGAAAGACAUCAGGAGGAUCGUCAGGGGGUGAGACUGCGUUAAUUAGUUCAGGAGCAUCUGUGCUUGGAAUUGGAACGGAUUUAGUUGGAUCCCUAAGAAUACCAAGUUUCUUCACUGGUAUUUUUACUCAUAAACCUACUGCAGGUACCAUUCCUCUCGAUGGACAUUUCUUUCUAGUUGACGAUCCUAUCUUUAAACAGAUGUUAACAAUAGGACCCAUAGCAAGAUACGUGGAGGAUCUUUACUUGAGUAUGAAGGUGUUGGCCGCAUCCCCCGCAUGCAGAUUGCCUCCACUUUUCGACGUACCAGUCGAUAUAAAAAACUUAAAAUUUUAUUAUUUCGAUAGCAUCAGUGGCAUUUUCGGUAUUAGAUCGACAACAUCAGAAAUAAAGGAGACAAUUCACAAAGCCAAGCAGUAUCUAAUAACGAAAGGCGUUAGCGUGGAAGAAUUUCCACAAGAAUGGCUCCAGGAUAUAUUCCACAUGAUGUUAUCCACAUUAGGAAGCCUAAAUAUUGAUUCUAUACUGGAACCAAACUCAAGUGGAUCUGGUAUAGAAUUCACAAAAUCAUUAUUAGGAUUGUCACAAUAUACACCAAUGCGUACGCUUAUGCAAAUGUGCCUAGACCACAAGGGAUUCUUGUCACCUUCACGUAUAGCAUAUUAUGAAAAGUCUAAGGCAGAACUUACUCUAAAACUAAAUACUAUGUUAAAAGAUAAUGGAGUACUAAUAUGUCCAACUUGGUGUCGUACAGCAAGUUUUCCACAAAUGAUGUUAUGGGAAACACAUUGCAGUAUUUAUACCGCCCUAGCUAAUAUGACAAGUACACCUGCAACGCAGAUACCAAUGGGUUUCAGUAAAGAUGGAAUACCACUUGGUUUUCAGGUGAUAUCUGCAUCUUAUCAAGAUCAUCUUUGUUUAGCAGUUGCCAGAGAAUUCGAGAAAAAUUAUUGUGGCUGGGUACCUCCUAGCUAAGCUUUUAUUUUAGCGUUACUAAUAUACUGCUACGAGUACAAAUAUUUUUAUUAAAAACUAUACACGAUGUUACCCUAACACAAAACGAAAAAUGGCAUAAAUGUUAUUUAUUUGUAAGAAUAAUUGAUCGCAUAUUAUAUAUUUCAUGAAUUUUUUUAUAUCUACUAAAAAGACGAACGUACAAUUCGCGUUAAAUGUGCAACGAUAUAUCUUGUAAAUAAGUAAAAUUACUUAUACAUAAUAGAUGAUAGUCUUUUCAA